AUGAUGCGCAAAGUGCCCAUCAUCCAAUGUAUCACAACAAAAAGUGACCCAAUCCAACACAGCCAUCUCUACUUUGAUCACGUGGUAAACAUUGAUGAUGAUGAGGAAGAUGAUGAACAGGAUAUGAUGGACUGCCCACCUGAUGAAGCAGCUGUCCCAGACCUACCAACUGCAACAUACGUGGUGUUUAGUGAUACAUUCGAUCAAUCAUUGGCCAUACCAAGGAUUCAAUCAUUGUUUCCACGUACAUUAACACAUCUAUUCUUUGGCGAACUGUUCAAUCAGAGAAUACUCAAAGGUGACAUACCAAACACGGUAUCACAUCUUGAGUUUGGCGAUUGCUUCAAUCAGCCCAUCGCGCUCAAUACCAUCCCCAGCUCAGUGCGCCAGAUCCAGUUCAAGAACAACUUUAAUCAACAGUUGCAGGUCGGUGCCAUCCCCAACACCGUCACACAUCUGUUGCUGGGCCAUCGAUCGCACUACUCAUCGUACAACCAGCCAAUCAUCCCUGGAUCCAUCCCCAACUCGGUCACAUGUCUGGAGUUUGGCCUCGAGUUCAACCAGCCCCUCCCGCCACACGUCCUGCCCGCCUCAAUCACACGACUUAAGUUUGGCGACAUGUUUAAUCAACCAUUGCUGCCUGGAUCCAUCCCAGCGAGCGUCACUCAUCUCAGCUUCAGCGGCGAGUUCAACCAGCCACUCGUGGCGGGCUUGUUACCAAAGUCACUAAGGCGUCUAAGACUGGGCGAGAUGUUUAGCCAACCACUACCAAGCGGUGUCCUGCCGACGGGACUCACGCGUCUUGCGCUUGGAAACAUGGUCCCAUUCAAUGAGUUGGAGGUACCAUCGUCUGUGGAGCACAUCGUGAUGGAUUGCGCCAAUCUGUUUGACAUGUCUCCAUUGUCUGGCGUGAGAUACCUUAGAAUGAGUCAACUGUCUUCCGAUGCUGCCAAUCAUCGUCUACCUCCAAAUCUCAAACAUUUGGUACUCACCGAAGCAUUAUCAAUCACUUCGCCAAUCCCCGACUCAGUGACCAACCUCGAACUUGGCUUCCUUUUUGAUGGCGCACUGACCCCUGGCAGUCUGCCCGCCAGCCUUGAGACCCUGUCUCUUGGCGCCAACUACAACCAACCGAUACCAGUCGGUGCCCUGCCCAGUGGCCUGCGAACCAUCAUCUUUGGCCAACGAUUCAAUCAACCGAUUGAGGCCGGCUCCAUCCCAGCAUCAGUCACCAGCAUUGAGUUUGGCGACAACUUCUCUCAGACACUCGAUACCAAUUGGUUGGCAUCGUGUACAAGUCUAAAGAGAGUCAAGUUAGGUCGCAAGUACAACCAGUCCAUACAAUUCAAUCAACUUCCAACAACACUUACACACAUUACAAGUGUAAAGAAUGAGCGACAACAUAACCAGUCCACCUAUAUCCGACAUGGCAACGACAGCUUCAUCGUCCUAAAUGAGCAGUUACUUGGAGGAGGCUUCAUUGACUCAUCCAAGCUCAAUCAACUGUUCACAACAUCCUUGGAAUGA